UUCCGGUGUUUCCUGUCUUUUGCGUUGUUGAAUCGGUACAACGAGCAUCUUCUUAACGAAGAAAUGGGUUUUCAAAAUAUUUGGUACUCGCAUCCGCGAAAGUAUGGACAGGGAUCUAGGUCCUGUCGUGCUUGUGCCAAUAGGCAUGGAUUGAUUCGCAAAUACGGUUUAAAUAUUUGCAGACAAUGCUUCAGAGAAUAUGCCGCUGACAUUGGUUUCAAGAAGUUGGAUUAAUGGAGAAACUACAUAGCCGCUACAGUUUCGCAAAGGAGGACCGCGUUCAAAUUUUAGAUAAAACAAAAGUAUAUGUAAGUCCGAAAUAUAUUAACCUUGCAUUGGAAAUGGAUUAAUUAAAUCAAUUGAAAAAGAAAAAGAAGUUGCGUUUACCUCGGACAUGGAUUAAAAAGAAAUAUAAUUUUUUUGUAUUA